AUGUCUCAACCAGGAAUGGAACGGAGGAGCGGUUUAGUGUGCCAAAUGUGUUUCAAAGAGGCCAAGGUCACACCGCCGGGAGGAACCAAGGAGCAGCCUCAGGGGAGCAUCUUGAACACUUAUGUUGUGGCUACUGUCCUGGGACAAUUCAUGUGUCAUUUAGCAGCAUUGAUCUACAUUACAGGACUUUGUGAAACAACAUCACUACACACCAAAGAAAUCAAUCUGGAUGCUGAGUUCAAGCCAAGUCUAUUGAACAGAGCAAUUUACUUACUCUCGACCUGCCAAAGCUUCUCCACCUUUGCGGUGAACUUCCAAGGCCAACCGUUCCAGAAAGACAUCAAGGAGAACAAGCCGCUGUUGUAUGGCUUGCUUGUAGCGGCUGCAGUGGCCUUCUGCGGGGCUAACAACUUUGUUCCUGAGGCGAACGGCUGGCUCCAAUUGGUGGACAUGCCUACCAGCUUCCAGAUGCAGUUAUGUAUAGUCAUGUGUAUGGACUUUCGCGGCGCAAUGUUGGUGGAGUUGAUUGUGAAGUUCCUGUUCUCAGAUGUUUGGCCGAAAGGGAUGGUCAUCAAAGGGAUUGAGCGUUGA